GUAUUUUCGAAAAAAAUCCUGAUUAUUGUUCAACUGGAUAUUGACUAAAUGAUUGAAGUUUUUUAAAGAAUAUUUCCACCUUAUAGACAAUUGAAUUCUGAGCAAACUGGCUAAGUUUUAUUAUGAUUAAGCAUUAAUUGGUCAAGUUUCUAUAAAUGUUCAAAACAUCAAAAAUCAGUAAAAAUCAGGGACUAAGCUUGAGGGAGGGGUUUAGUUCUUCAUGAUGAUUAUGUAAUUACAGAGUGGCAUGGCAAAAGGAAUAAAACAAAAUCCAAAGAAACAAAGUACGCAAAAAAGUGUAAGAUCUAAGAUGAAAGUAACUAACAAGAUAAACAGUGUUAAACGUAAGAAACAAGAUACCAGUAAGGACAGUACAUUACCAUAUGGGGGGUCACCCGGGGGUUGGGUAGUAACCCCAAACCCAGCGGGAAGAAAAUCCUCUUCCCAGGGUCAACCAGGAAGGGGCUCUUCGUGGACAGUGACACCAAAUUCAGUUCAUAAUACACCUAGGUUUCAAGUAGCCUCCUCCCAGGGUCAACCAGGAGGGGCUACAGUCUGGGGUGACAUGGGGUUAAAUCCAUAUGGCUACCAACAACUGGGUCCAGUGACAUACAAUAGUAAUAACAUGUUUGGGAUGCAGCCCUCAUAUCCUCCUCCAUAUCAGCAUGGUAUGCAGUACCCACAAGCAUCAUAUAUCCAACAUCAAGCGCCAAUACAGCAAUCAACUCAGCCUAUGUUUCAACACCAACCAUACAUGUCUCCCCCCGGGAACUUUGUUAAUAACAAUGAAUACUUAGCAUCGGAGCAGACAGGUAGCAUGCGUCCUAUGUUGGACUUCUCAUCGUUAAUGUCGCUAACCAUCUCUUCCUCACUUAAGGAAAAAAUUUGGAAACAUGAGUUUGUGGAGCUAAAUAAGUUGGUGGAGGAGGAGGAUAGCGAUGUUGAGGAUGGGAAUCCAUCUAAGUACUUGUCUUUGGGUGUUAAUGAUAGCAAGCAGUUAUAUAUAAAAAGUAAGAGUGCUGACAAAAAUACCUUGCUUACCCCAUUUGGCAGAAGGCCUUUCUUAGAUUCAUUUCUAUUUACAGUGAGAAAUUCCCUUUAGAGGCCAAUCAGUUAUCAGUAUAUAUGUCAGUUAUACACCAGAUGAAAAUAGAGAAUAUUAACUGGGGCAAAUAUGACCGCAAGUUCCGUAAAGCUAGAGCUAAUAGACCAUGCGUGUGGUCGUACAUGAAUUUGGCUCUUCAGAACGAAUGCCUUAAUCUUCCGUGGGGUAAUACAAUGUUCACAAGUUCAUCCAAAAAGCAUGAUUUUGCAGGUAAACCUAAGCAAAAGAAUGAAACAUCUGCUUCUGCGAAAAGUGAUGAAAAUCAGGAUAAAACUCGUAUGCCCUUCCACUUCUGUUAAGCACAUACAGAUUUUGCAGGUUUAGUUUUACUGCUGAAGGUUGUUUAUGCUAUGCUGGCCUUGGCUAGUUGGGUCAAGUUAGUAGGUUAAUGCUAUGCUAGUGACAUCAUUUCUGGAUUUCCCUAGCAAUAAACAUAGCAUCAAAAUGGCUGCUGCUAAUAGAAUAACACUAGAAAUUUAUGUUUUCCUUGAUAAAAAAGUUUUAAUUUAAUUUUUAUUUAUGCAUGUUUAUCUGAUACUAAUACUAAAUGGUGUUUUAUAGAUAUUGACCAGGUUUAGAUGAAGAAGGGUUAAGUACAUGACUCCAAACUUACUUGACAACAAGAUUAAUGUAUUUUCUGAUUCUGGCCAUCUCAUCUAACUAAACCUUUAAACUCUCAAAACUAGCUAAUGGGCCAAAAAUAAGGAAUAUAUAUUGUAAAUCUUAAGUGUCUUGCCAAUAAAAGGAUAUAGUUUGUG